GCAGCACUAGUAGCUAGCUAGCACCACUACCAUCACACUUAGAGGUUAGACAGACAGACAAACAGAGCAGUUCAAUCAACCUACAGACGUUCCAAUGGAAAUUUCAAGACAACUCAGUGACAAUGUGAUAGCCUUGGCUUUGCUGCUCUGUAUGGGUGCACAGGUGUAUUGUCAGCUGUGCCCAGGACCAUGCCAGUGCCCCAGCCCCGUGCCCCAGUGCCCAGCAGGAGUCCCUCUGGUCCUGGACGGCUGCCAGUGCUGCCAGGUGUGUGCCCGGCAGCAGGGCGAGGCCUGCAGCGACCUGUAUGUGUGUGACAGCCAUAGAGGACUGCAGUGUGACUACAGCGCCAGCUUCCCCAGCGACCCAGGAGAGUGUGUCAGUCAGGAGGAGUUGGGCUGUGAGCUGAACGGGGUCUCCUACCAGGAUGGCCAGGUGUUUCAGCCCUCCUGUGCCACCCAGUGCCGCUGUCUGGGGGGAGGGGUGACAUGCGUGCCCCUGUGCCCUGAGGACGUCCAUCUGCCCAACCCAGACUGCCCACACCCCCAGCGGGUACAGCUGCCUGGGAAGUGCUGCAAGGAGUGGGUCUGUGAGAACAUGGACAACACAGUAAUUCAGGAUGCCAUCACAGCCUCCAGUUUGUGGCCAGGCUUGUCGGAUCCCUCUAACUGUAUAGACCAGAGUACAGAGUGGAGCGCAUGUUCCCAAACCUGUGGCGCUGGGGUCUCCACGCGGGUUUCCAACAAGAACCCAGCCUGCCGGCUCGAGAUGCAGAGCCGUCUUUGUAAGGUCCGACCCUGUCAGACACUCCAGCCACGCAGGAACCCCAUGUGGGCCCGUCGUUGUGAGCCCAGCUACAGGUCAGUGGUGCCAGUGAGACUGGUGCACCAGGGCUGCUACAGCACACGGGUCUACCGGCCCCGGUACUGCGGCCAGUGCACCGACGCCCGCUGCUGCACCCCCUACUGGACCAGCACGGCCACGGUAGCCUUCCGGUGCCCCACUGGCAGGCUCCUUCACCGGGCAGUCAUGAUGAUCCAGUCCUGUGUCUGUCAUUACAACUGCCCCUACUCAGCUUCAUGGCCCUAUGCAGCUGGACCCUACUCAGGCUCCUCACGCUCUCACAGGAGCCAUGCCAUGUGGGGCUAGACUUGACUUUCCAUUCAAUUCUCUAGGCCCUAUGCCCCCUUGAGAACCUAGGGCGUCCACCGUGGCUCUCCACCUCAAUCUUUUCUGAAUGGCUUUUGCCUCUUGCCAGGAGAUCUCCACUUUACUAAGUUCUUGUAGAGAUCUAGAGCCCUAUCCUACCCCUCUCCAUGCACUGACACGCCCAUACUGAGACCUGUCUACACAGGACCUGGGAGCAACACUUUUGCUAUGUUCCAAUGUCCAUACAAGUACACUCCUUCUAAGUAGUAUACCAGUAUGAAUAUUUGAAUGGAGCCGCUGUCUAUCAUGGCUGCAUCCAGCAGGUGUAGCCCACUUCACAGGAUAGAUAGAGGAAGUGAAAAUAUCUUCUAGGUAAUAAACUGUGACUGAGUCGGGGGAAUAAAGCCCUGAUAUGACUGGACAAGCUCCGCCUGCACUAAGAACUUCACUCCAUUCCACUCUAUCACAUCUCAUAAGGUGACCUCAUGAGGAAUAGAAUAGGUCAGGAAACCCUAGUUAGCUAGCCUGAUUUCAGAUAUUAGCCUGGUUUUUCUCUACAACAUGGUCACUGUCAAGCCAAACAUUUGGCAUGACAAUUCCAUAAGGAGUUGGCAAGGGAGCAGAAACAGACUAGCCUCUAUUUAGCAUAUAUAAGUGAAAUACUGUAACCCAACAAAUGUAUUUUUGACUAAUUGACCAACUGUCGUCUUAUACUGUAUGUAGAAGACUAUAUGACACCUGACCAAAGCCAUUUGUUGUCGUUCGUGACUCAUUUUAGGCCCCAGAGUUUCUCCUGACCACAUGACCUGACUUCGUUGAGAGGAUAAGACUCAAGUGUUGUUACUUACAUUUUAGAGAAUUUAUUUUACAGAAUGACACCAACCUUUGAGUUGAUAGAUACUGUAUCUUGACAUGCAAAUGCCAUCUGUUAUAUUUGUUUGUUUGUUUGUUUAUAAAUGUGUCUAUUUUGUGUUCUUAGUCAGAUGAAAUUGCACUUAUUUUCAAUGUUGCUGUAAAUAUAAACUAUUCUUAUGCUUUUUGAAACAUUAUACAAUUGUAUCACUGAUUUUAUACUUUGUCCAAACUGUUUUCCAUUCACAAUGACUUUUUAUGUAAAGCUUGAGCUCCUUUGUAUAUUGUAUAUUAUUCAUUAAUGAUAUUACUACAUUGAGAUGCGAUUGUUGUAAUUUGUGCUGUAACUUUCCCAUAAAACUCCUUAUGACUUA